CAAAAUCUCUUCAUUUAUGUUCUUCUGAAGAAGUCAUACAAGUUUGAAAUGACAAGAGGGUGAGUAAAUGAUGACAGAAUUUUACUUUUUGGACGAACUAUCCCUUUAAUAAAAUACAGAACAACACAGAGUUUGUCAAGCAAAAACCACAGAACCAUUACUUCAGCACAAAUGCAGCUACCAGGAAAUCCUGUCAACAUUUAAUAAGUGUUAAAUUACUGUUAGCUUCUUUAAGUAAAUGAAAGCUUAUGAUGGAUGCCAAUAGUAAGUUAAUUUUUUUACUACUGUCAUGUACCACAUUCUUUGCAGUUCUUCGGGGUCAGAGAGUUGACACUGAUGGUGAAGUCAUUGGGUACCAGAAUCACAAUGUCACACUGCCAUGCCACUACAUCCUCGGAAAAACAGAGGACAAUUUAAUUCAAGUUCAGUGGACCUGGCAAAAUCAUUCCCAUAAACAUGAUCCUAUAGUAAUCAUAAUCAAUCAUCAGGAAUAUGGCACGUCUGUGUAUAAAACAUCCCUGAAAGAAAGAGUCAGUUUUAUAGAAAGACCCAAACUGACCCCUGAUGGCUCCAUCAUCAUCAAAGAUGUGAAAAUUACUGAUCAGGGAGUCUACAGCUGUGUCUACACAACCUACCCUAGUGGGACAAAAACAGGAGUAACCACUCUUAAAGUGAAAGAAGGAAAGCCUGCUGGUCUGUCCACUGCUGUGACUGCAGGGAUUGUGACUGUAGUGAUGGUCACUGUAAUUCUAGUUUCUGUGAGCUUUUUACUCCUGAAUACAAGACGUAUUUCUGCUUAUUGUAUGGCCCAGAACCCUGGUGAUCUACAACAGGAAGAAGUGAUGGAACUGAUGGAAGACAGUGAAUACACCAUGGUUACCUUCAGUGCCUGGUCAGGAGUAUUGAAGAAAGCCCCAGUCAGCUGGCAUUUGAUGUACACACAGCAGAGCGUGGAUCUGUGAACAAAAAAUGAUAAAGGGGUGGUUUCCCAGACAGGGGAAUAGCUUAAGCCAGUACUAGGCCUUUAGUUAAAUGAAGUCUUUUUUAAAAACAUACAAAAAACAUUACUGUGUGGGUCCUGAUACAAAACAAUUGCACUGAUAUUAUAUUGUAAUUAUAUACGAUUAUUCUGCCAAAAUAGUCCAGAAACUGAUGACUAUGCUGUAACAAUACUACAUGUAUGUAGUUAAUGCAACAACCUCGAGUCUGACACCAACUUCUCAAAUUAAAAAAGAAGAAAUGUACUACUUAAAAUACAUACUGUACAUGCAUUACUCUUGAUCCUGUAAACAUUUACCCCUGCAUGUAAUUGUUUGUCUUUGUUCAUUUGGUAAUGAGCUUCUUCAAAUAAAAAUGUUGACUUUGAUUCAAA